CCCGUGAUGGACGUGACUAAGUAAUCUUAUAUUUUAGUUUACGAUAUCCUUAGGCUAAAAAUAUGUCAUACAGGGAUUUGUUUUCCCGGUGAAAAUAUAUUGUUGGAACCCAAAGUGACUACUGAUAGUUUUUAAGAGAGUGGUUAACAGACAUUCGCGGUUAAUACACAUUUCUGAACUUUUCCAAGUAGCGCGUGCAAGGAUAGUGGUUGUUCCUCGCUCAUCUCCCUGUCUUUUACGCAACAGCCUCGGUAGUAACGUGAACUGUUAGCUAACUGACGUUACUAAUGCGAGGGUUGUUUUCACCACACUGACGCGUCCGUUGGUUCACCGACGGUUACAGGUCGCUGGAGAUGAACUGGGUCGGGGGCUCGAGGAACCGGUUUGCCGCGAAGAACGAUGCAAAGAAACAGAGGGAGUUCUUUGAAAAGAGAAAAAUGCAACACAAGUUGAAGAACUUGGGGUUGGCGGUGCCGGACUCCCCUCAAGGCACGAGCUCUGGUGGUAUGGACCUGGUGACUUUGUUCAUCGUCAACCAGAUCGCUGCUAAGAAAGAAAUUAAAGAUCCUCCAAAAGUGGCAGUUUUUGGCAGCUCUAAAGGAGGAUCGAAGCACAAGAGAAACGAGCCCCUGGUACUCCCAAUGAGCCCCUGCUCUCCAUCACAGCUGAGUCUGGUGGAGGGCGAGCCUCAGUGGAGCGAUCAAGGACAGAGAAAAAGAAAGCAUGUCAUUCCUCGAGGCUUCAAGUGUGGGCAGCUGUCACCUGUGCUGGAGUCGGCUUUCUCAGACAACAGCGCGUCUGACUACCUGCCACCCAUGACCGGCCCCCUCAGCCCCUUCUCCUCCACCUCAUCAGCUUCAGUCCAAGGAAUAUUCCCCCUGCAGCUGAACCUCCAGCAGAGGAGCCAGACACAGCUUCCUCGCCCCUGCUCCCUUCCCCUCUGGGACAGCGCAGUGCUGGGCCACGCCGAGUUCCAGCCUUUCUCCCAGCCCAGAGACAUGACUGACUGUAUCCCCUGGUCCUGCGCUCCAAAUCCACCCCUCUUCCAACUGGAGACCCCCACAGCGGCCCAAGUCCUGUUUAGAAGUCCAGAGCGACGCAACACGGAGGCCUGGGACCAAGCGGGACGCGAGGUCACCUUCUCUCUCGGCCAGUUAGAGGACAAGGAGCCCGUGUUGGACUACACUCUCCACCGGGAAGAAAGUCAGCGGCAGUUUGAGGGGGAGGUCUUUCGGGGCUUCAGCACGGAAGAAUGUGACGAAGAAGCGUCACAUUUUGGGAGAGGGACGUCAAAGAUAUAUCUCAAGGAGGAAACGGCUGCCGCGUCUUCAACGGCACAAACGGUGCCUGACUCCCAGUGCAUGGAGGUGGAGGGACGCCACCACACACACCUCUCCAACUGCGCUGACGGGAACUCUUUCGCAGCGUGUCUCGAACACGGCGACGGCCCCGCGAACGGCUCCGAAUACUCGGCGGGCUGCUCCUGCAGCGGAGGUUACCUCAGUUCAGACUCGGGUGACGAUGAAGAAUGCCGUCAGCCACCAGGUCUUCAGGCUGCUGCCUCCUCACAUAUGGACCGAGUCUUUUGUGCCGACGGCCUCGACUCAUGCGCGGCCUCGCAGGGGAGUGCGAAACAAAGGCUCUCCAGGCCCGCCACCCCGCUCCUGAACCCCGGAACGGGCUUCAGAGAUCAGGAAGUUACGGGGAACGCGGUGUUCCAAGUGAAAGGCCGGGGGAGCAACGCACCUCCGGCGUUGGCUCAAAGUCAGAGCUCAGAGGCGUGCACCUGCAAGAAGACGUCCGCGGAAACCCGAGAGGCGGGAACUCAAACCGCCGGCAACCUCGCGGCCGAGACGCGCGACACCUGGACUCAGUGCGGCGGCGCAGAAGCCGGCCGGCUCGACGCUCGGCUUCCACCUGUGGACGUGUCGGUGCAGCCUCCGGCCACAGGGAGGCAAACCGACACCGCCGCAGAGCCGAGAGCUCACACACCUCCAUCACACAAGUGGAGGAGCGGAGAGAAGCACACGCCCUGGACCAGGAAGCCGUCCAACCCGACGAUCGGUGCCGGCAGCAGCUUCGUAAACAAGAGCGCUGAUGGCAGAGCGGACCCGCAGAGACCGAGAAACCCGUUUCUAGAGGCUCUCAGCGGGACCGACGGCGGAGGAAAGGACGAAGCAGAGGACAGAGGCCGGCAGGAAAAUGGCCGUCUGAUGAAAGGCCUUUCAGACGAAGCGAUGGAGGAGGUCACAUCUGGCACCGCGGCUCACAGACUCUCCGAAGAGGCCGAGACUCUCCAGGAAAUAGCCGACAUCUUGCUCCUGCUCAAGCGGAGGAAGGAAGUGACGCAGUGAGGAAGCAGGAGUGGAGGAAAUGAGCAGGAAGCUUAUCAUGCCCGUUCAGUGCACAUGUCGUUUUAUUUAUAGCAGUAUUUAAUUUGUUUGUUUUAAGCAGACAAACCACACACAAUAUUCAGUGUUUGUUCAAAGUGUGAUGAAAGAGGGAAAUAAAGCCCCGAAGCGUGA